GAGAGCAACGGUGGCAAAAGUGGUCAGACACAGUCUCAAAGAAUGGAUCCAUUCACACUGAUCGGACACAGCCAUACUGAUGAGAUGCACAUAUAUCGGUUGGACAUAACCAUAUUGAUUAAACACAACUGAUUUGAGGAACACAUUUACACUGAUUGGCCUGCAGUUGUGAUGUUGCUCGUCCUGUUGUUCCACUUGUCCCUGCUGGUCCUAGUGAGGGGUCAACAGAUUACCCAGCAGAAAUAUUUCGCGUGUUCUCAGAGAGAGUCAGUGAACACCACGUUGCUCGACGUCCCUGUCACCAGACGAAUGCAGUGUAUGGCAAAGUGCCUGGAACAUUCUCAGUGCAAAUCAGGGCACUUUUGCAAGGGAGAGGAUGAUACCAAUGUGUGUUCUCUGGGUUCUGAUUGGCCGCUUGGAGACUGUGAUGUUUUGCCAGCCAAUGAAAAGUGUUCGUCUUUUAAAAUCGUGAACCCGUGUGAAAAUGGUGGCACUCUGAAUCCUGACGGGUACAGCUGCGCCUGCGCUGCAUACCGGUGUGAUACAUUCUGUCAGAGAUACCGCUACGAUUGUACAGAAUUAGGAAAUCCUGGGUCUAACGCCAUAGAAAUUCAACCAAAGAACUACCACACACCUCUUCUUGUCGUCUGUCAGCAACAGCAAAACACCCUUGUUGGAUAUUUCCCUGGACAAAUAGCACCAGGUGAUCUAAACAAAACAUAUGAGCAAUACAAAGUCAACUUUGUGGUUGGUGUAAGCUCGUGGAUGGGGCUCGAGACAAUGCACGCCCUGACAAGACAAGGGGAGUACAGGCUGACGAUCAAACUGAACUUUUUCACCGGCUUAGAGGUUGUCUAUGAUGACUUUAACGUCAGUAGCGAGGCUGAAGGCUACUCUUUCAAUUAUAGUACCUUUCGAGAAGACCUGAGCAACUAUGCUGACGGGUUUGCCGCCAUUCCUUCUAUUGGGUCAGGGAGCCUUGUCGGCCUCCCCUUCAGCACUUUCGACAAGGAUCCGUAUGGGUGUGCGGCGCGCUACGGGGCAGGGUGGUGGUAUGACGCCAACUGCGGACCUGUGUUGGCGUAUGAUCCGGCAGUUAAAAGCGCGAGGUGGCCAGACACAUCUACUGCUGUCAGAAAUGCACCAACAUUUAUAUUCUCCUUUAAGUUGAUGCGAUAUUAUUGACUGUGGAAUUAGUACUUGUUUGGGGAAAGAAAUACAACAUCGUUAUAACUGUUCCAGAACAUUGAAUGCACAAAAUAAUAACAAUGAAACAACAAAGACCCCAUGAACGAAAUACCUUCUCGACAUCACAAACUUAACGAUGUUUCCUCCAUACUUCGGGUGAUUUCAUCCUAAGGCGUUCCCUCUGAGCGGCACAUCCUGCUCGCGGUCAUCCUUUCUAUACACAGGAUGUCGGAACACCAGACUACCUGAAUAUCUACAGGACGUUGAACAAUUUUUACACAAAGUUAUCAGACAUUAUAUUGUAUUUCUUAUUCAAUAGAUUCAGAGUUAGAAGAUAUCAGCUAUGACGGUAUAUUAUACAAUAAUUAUUAAUUAGAGAAUUCUUUCACAAACAUUAUUUCAUGACAUAUUUGUAACUUUGGUUAGGAUACAUUGAACCGCGACUGUGAGAAGCAGGUAGAUAAGGCCAUAUUUUGUUGAAACACAACUAUUUGAAGCACCAACCCAACGUUUUCAUAAAAAAACAACAUUUUCUUAAUAUUACAAACUAGAGGGUUUCUUAUGUUUGCAAUUGUCCAGUAAUGUCCAGGAGUGGGCCUCACACAUUGUGUCCGGGUGGGAAAUCGAAUGCGAGUCUACGGCACCAUAAACAACGCUUUAAGCACUGUGAUUCCUCGUCAUAUGUACACUAUUUUCAGGGUGAUGAGACAUAAUUGGUUUGGUCCGGAAAUUAAUCCAGCUUUAUUGGAUCUUUGA